GCCACCGCGCGGACCGCCGGGAACGGGGCGGAGCGCGGCCGCGCCGGCGCGUCGAGUGGGAGAGGCAGCCGCUGCGAUGGACGUAUUCCUCAUGAUCCGGCGCCACAAAACUACCAUCUUCACGGAUGCCAAGGAGUCGAGCACCGUGUUCGAGCUGAAGCGCAUCGUCGAAGGCAUCCUCAAGCGGCCGCCUGACGAGCAGCGGCUGUACAAGGAUGACCAGCUUUUGGAUGAUGGCAAGACACUGGGCGAAUGUGGAUUCACCAGUCAAACAGCGAGGCCGCAGGCCCCAGCCACCGUGGGGCUGGCCUUCCGGGCAGAUGACACAUUUGAGGCCCUGCGCAUCGAGCCCUUCUCCAGCCCACCGGAGCUGCCCGACGUGAUGAAGCCGCAGGACUCAGGAAGCAGCGCCAAUGAACAAGCCGUGCAGUGAGAGGGUUUGGGGCCCACCCUCCAGUGCCCCAUCCCCCUCCAAUAAAAGAGAUUUGGGUGUC